GAACACCAUCUCUCUUCUCUUCCGAUGUCUCACCUCAUUUUUUUCUUCUCGCAUCUUCUUUUACUCCUCCUUUAAAUAAAGAAAUAUAUUUGUUUCUCCCUCCUCCAUAGAUAGCCUCCAACCAUGUCGACCACCGUUCCACCACCCACGCAAAGGGUGCGGUGCGUGUACACCACCGUGCUGAGCAGCAAAGCGACGCGCUACUUCGCCGUGGCGCCGGUUAAGCUCUACGAAAACAUUCUCGCUACACAGCUAAGAGACGAUGUGACGGCGCUGGUGGCUGCGAACGCGGAGGACGGCGGUGCGUGCUGCAACACCGCGAACACGAACAGCACCAGCAGCGGCAGCAGCAGCACUUCUGACAUGCCAUUGCCGAGCCCCACCAAGCCGUGUGUCUGCUUGACCAACGUCACAUUACUGGAGGUCAACCGCCGAUUUGCUGAUAUGCCAAACCUGUUAGGCGUGACAUUCGAGGUGUACUACGCCGUCUACGAGUACAAAGACGGACAGCUCAUCUCUUCUUCUUCUUCUACUUCAACUUCAACUUCGACUCCGGUGCCGACGCUCCCGUUCGCCUGGACCACACCACGCAACAGCGCGUUCCCGCAUGUCGUGUCGAACCUCUUUCACGCCCUGACGCGUAAGACGUACCUGAGCGAGCUGACGGCGUCACCGAGCGUGCUGGCCCACGUGACGAUCGAUGAGGUGGACUUCGUGCUUCACAGCGAUUACGAUUUCGGUGACGACGACAACGACGACGGUCGGGGCGAGGACGGUCGUCUCACCGGCGCGGAGGGUUUCCACGCGUUUCAAAUGACGACGAAGGCAGCACCGGAAGCGUGUCCAACAUCCGCAGCGUCCGUGCUGCUCGGGAGCGACGAUGAUGCCACCACCGUGGUGGAUUACUGCACCGCGCUGCGUGGCCCUGUAUCUCCCGCCUACGCGUACACGCCUGCCAUGUUUAAGGUGCACAAAACGGAUCCCAACGGCACCGUCGUGACCUACGUCUACCCCGACGCGGUCGUCUACGCGGCGAAGGGCAUCGACGUGUCGUCGUCGUCCGCGCGCUGCGAUGGCGUGAUGUGCCCGAUAGGGAUUUUGUGUGGCGUGGUGAUGAUCAUGCUGGUUCUGGCGGCGAGCAUCGCGUUUGUGGUGCACCGCUGCCGACGUCGUCGCAACGAGCGCGAAGACGAGAAGCGGCUUCUGCAGCGUCAGCAACGUUGA